CGUUUCAUAGAUAUUUUAAAAAGUUCCCAACAGUGAAAUGGUACACAAAGAUUAGUUCAAAGGAAAAACAGUGAUAGCACAUUAAGGAGAGUUCAAGAAAGAAGUUUUCAGACAAGGAGUGAAACACAGAUUUUAUUGAAGCGUUGUCUGAAAAGAAAGGUUAAGGUAGAGAAAAAUGGUGAAUGCAAUUCUUCAUCAUCAAACUUCACCACUGCUUUUCUUUCAAUGUUGUUCAUCUUCUUCUUCUCUUCAUAUUCCCGGGGGACUCUCUGGAAGGAUGAUAUUGAAAUGCUCCAUCAAGAGCCCUCCCUCGAGUAAAGUUGCUGCAAAUCAUAUCGCUUCGGGCCUUGCAGCUUCAUUGAUAUUUCUUUCUCAAACAAACCAGGUACUUGCAGCUGAUUUAUCUCAUCACCACAACAUCUGCCAGCUUGCAAGUGCCAUGGAUGAUAAGCCAACUCUUCCACUUGAAGAAGAUUCUGGUGAAGGAAAGGGGAAGCUAAUGAUGAUGAGAGGUAUGACAGCUAAGGAUUUUGAUCCUGUUAGAUAUUCUGGAAGGUGGUUUGAAGUAGCAUCACUCAAACGUGGAUUUGCUGGACAGGGUCAAGAAGACUGCCAUUGCACUCAGGGUAUUUAUACUUUCGACAUGAAGGCUCCUGCUAUCCAAGUUGAUACAUUUUGUGUUCAUGGAGGGCCUGAUGGAUAUAUUACCGGUAUAAGAGGAAAGGUUCAAUGCCUUUCAGAGGAAGAUUUGGAGAAGAAUGAAACAGAUUUAGAAAAGCAAGAGAUGAUUAAGGAGAAGUGUUACCUUCGUUUUCCUACAUUGCCUUUUAUUCCAAAAGAACCUUAUGAUGUGAUUGCUACUGACUAUGACAAUUUUUCCCUUGUUUCUGGAGCAAAAGACAGAAGUUUUAUCCAGAUCUACUCAAGGAUACCUGACCCAGGACGUGAGUUCAUAGAAAAGUAUAAAGCAUACUUGGUGAAUUUUGGAUAUGAUCCAGAUAAAAUCAAGUACACCCCACAAGAUUGUCAAGUGAUGUCUAACGGUCAGCUAGCGGCUAUGAUGUCCAUGUCUGGAAUGCAACAAGCUCUAACAAACCAAUUCCCUGAUUUAGGACUAAAGGCUCCUGUUGAAUUUAACCCUUUUACCAGUGUAUUUGACACUCUGAAAAAGCUGCUUGAGCUUUAUUUCAAAUAGAUGUUUAAACUUCCAUAACCAGCAUUGCUUUCUGUAUUUCAUCAUAAAGUUAUACAAUACAUUAUAAAUUAGACUAUGUGUCUCCCAUCAGUGUAUGAUUUCUUUUACUAUUUGUCAUAUAGCUUAUCUUUCUUCACACAUUUCUCUCCUAUCAAACACGGUGUUAAGUUUUUUCACAGA